UUCUCGGGAGGGUCCCAGCAGCCAGGGCCAGUGCGUGCGCUACCGACCAGCGCCCGGGCGGGCGGGGAAGAUGAUGAUGAUGUCCCUGAACAGCAAGCAGGCGUUCAGCAUGCCGCACGGCGGCAGCCUGCACGUGGAGCCCAAGUACUCGGCAUUGCACAGCGCCUCGCCCGGAUCCUCUGCCCCCGCGGCGCCCUCCGCCAGCUCUCCUAACAGCUCGAGCAGUGCUGGCGGCGGUGGCGGUAGUGGCGGGGGCGGUGGAGGCCGGAGCAGCAGCUCCAGUAGCAGUGGCAGCAGCGGCGGCAGCGGCGGGGGCUCCGAGGCGAUGCGGAGAGCGUGUCUUCCAACCCCACCGAGCAAUAUAUUCGGCGGGCUGGAUGAGAGUCUGCUGGCCCGCGCCGAGGCUCUGGCGGCGGUGGAUAUCGUCUCCCAGAGCAAGAGCCACCACCAUCACCCGCCCCACCACAGCCCCUUCAAGCCGGACGCCACCUACCACACCAUGAAUACCAUCCCUUGCACGUCGUCUGCUUCCUCUUCGUCGGUGCCCAUCUCGCACCCGUCCGCGCUGGCCGGCACGCACCACCACCACCACCACCAUCACCACCACCACCAUCAGCCGCAUCAGGCGCUUGAGGGCGAGCUGCUGGAGCACCUGAGUCCUGGGCUGGCUCUAGGCGCUAUGGCGGGCCCCGACGGCGCGGUCGUGUCCACUCCAGCUCACGCGCCACACAUGGCUACCAUGAACCCCAUGCACCAAGCUGCUCUCAGCAUGGCCCACGCGCACGGGCUGCCCUCACACAUGGGCUGCAUGAGCGACGUGGACGCCGAUCCCCGGGACCUGGAGGCCUUCGCCGAGCGCUUCAAGCAGCGACGCAUCAAGCUGGGGGUGACCCAGGCGGAUGUGGGCUCCGCGCUGGCCAACCUCAAGAUCCCCGGCGUGGGCUCGCUCAGCCAGAGCACCAUCUGCAGGUUCGAGUCCCUCACGUUGUCUCAUAACAAUAUGAUCGCGCUCAAACCCAUCCUGCAAGCGUGGUUAGAGGAGGCGGAGAAGUCCCAUCGCGAGAAGCUCACCAAGCCGGAGCUCUUCAACGGCGCGGAGAAGAAGCGCAAGCGCACGUCCAUCGCGGCGCCGGAGAAGCGCUCGCUCGAAGCCUACUUCGCCAUCCAGCCGCGGCCCUCCUCCGAGAAGAUCGCCGCCAUCGCGGAAAAGCUGGACCUUAAGAAAAACGUGGUGCGAGUCUGGUUCUGCAACCAGAGGCAGAAACAGAAAAGAAUGAAAUAUUCCGCGGGCAUUUAGGAGACCCAAGGCCUCUCCAGGGACAGGCCCCUCCUUAUCGCCUCUUUUCCCUCCCUCUCUCUCCUGCCUCUUUACACUUUUGGCGACCAGAAACAAUUCCAGUAAAUGUGAAUCCAGUGAAAGCGAGGAUUGGAGAGCGAGCUAACGAGCGAGCAAAUGAGCCCAAGCCCGGUGAGAAUGUGAAAUGAUUUCUCAAAAAAA